AUCAAGAGCAACAGCGAGAUAGGCAGUGCAUAGACCCUCCAUUCCUGUUUCCCACGACGUUGAGCCACCAUCGAUCAUUGAGCACUUUGCGUGCGGGCAAGGCCAAUGUAAGCUGGAAAGAUGAGGAGGACCCAAUCGAACGGAUGCUGAUCCAGCAUAGCUGCCAUCAGCGCUAUCAUCGGCGUCACGAUCAUCAACAGCAGUGGCUGGAUCGCCAUCGUGCCCUGCCUCAACAUCGUUCCUCAUCCUCUUUGUGCAACCUUUUCUCUGACCAUUCUAUUGCAGCUUACGAUCCUUGCGACAACGAGGACUCGACAGGCAGCAUGGAGACGUUGCUCACGCCAUCGGACUUUGCACGCCGCUCAAGCACGCCCAGCAGCCGGGCUAGGACCUCGAUCUCGCACUCCCAUUCGGACAGACACAAGAGAGCCCUCUCUGGCGAUGCGCCUCAAUUGCCUCCUGCCUCUCUCAGCCACCCCUCUCCUCCCUCCUCUCAGUAUCAAGCACCUACAACUCCGAUCCUACGCAGGAUCAAUCUCUCAAUCGCUCCUCCACGUCCGUCGGGCAGGUCUCUACGGCCACGACUAGCUCCCUCGAUGCUGGAGGAAGCGGGUGUGGAUCCUCGACAUCGAUCUCUCACAAAAGAAGUGCCGCGAGGGUCACAUUUUCCUUUGCCCAUUCCAAUGCGCAGGCCAACACAACAAGGCUCAGAAAUGGUAGCUGCAGCGGUCAGUCAGUCAUGCUCCUACCAGCCACACGAGCAGAGCCCUCAGGCCGUGUCGAUCACCAUGCUAUCGAUGAAGACGACGAAGCUGAGGUCAUUGAGGUCAUUGAUGAGGAUGACAGCAUCCCCUUCUCCGAUUCUCUACCCACGUCCACACCAAGCGUACUCUCAAGGGGGCGAAAGAGGCGCCCUUCCCUUCUGACUGCCCUGAAGGAUCGCUUGCCUAGCAAGGGUCGGGCCGAAAGAAGUAGAAAGUACAGCACAUCAGCCGUGUCUCCGCAGGAGAGGCCAGAAAUUUUGUCACUCAAGAUGGAGUGGCCCUUGAGUGCGUAC